GAAAGCAAAAGCCUGGCUUGGUCACAGAAAAUAGGAAAAGAAAGUGAGAGAAAGGACUUCUUGAUGGGAGGACUGCUAUUACAGCAAUCAGAGGUGUUUUCCAACAAAGGAAAAACAGCCUUAUUUCAGUGAGCCAAAACAUGCAGGCUCAAUCAGAAUAGGGGAAGUAUAACCAGCCUUAGAUGAGCCAUUAGCACCACGUCGACCAGACAUGUAUAACUUCUUCCUCUCUACGAUCAGUUGUGUCUGCAUUAUUUGUGCUGGUCUCUGUGCUGGAGAAUGUGUGAAGUCUGUUUUGGCAAGACGUGAGACAUUUUACGUGCCUGCAGGAAGCAGCUUGUCUCUGUCCUGUGUGGUCGUGCAUUGUGAAGGCACCUGGAAAGAAAAUUGGACAUGGGAAAAUACAACAAAUCAAUCAGAGAUCACCAUUGUUGAAGAGAGUGCAAGGCACCAUUUGACCAGCGUGACAAUCAGCGGCAAUGAAACUCAACUGAAGUUUAAAUUUCUGCAUGUCGACCAAUCGGAUGAAGGCAGUUAUAGAUGCAAAGUUAAUUGGAGUGAUGGUAGCACUGGAGUGGGACAUUGGAUGCAAGUGAAUAUCACAAAAGCUGUCCCCUCCCAGAGACAGUACUUGCACAGGGUUUUGGUCUAUGCUGGUGCUUCCCUUUGUCUUCCUGUCAUUCUGGGGUUGGCUCGCUGCCUGAGUUCACGGAUCAAGCCUCAGUCACAUCCAAGGAUACAGGUCACAUACACAGCUGUACAGAGAAACCAGCCACACAUGGCUCCGAACCCUCCACAACCUCCACCUCGAUGUCCGGUACCACAAAAACGAAGCAUUCCCACUCAAAAAGCUUUUUCAAAAUCCCAGAAGAAAACUGAGGUGGUGUAUGCAGACAUUUCCCAGGAAGCCCUGGGGCAGCGUGAAGCCCUGAGAGAAUCUGGUCAGGCUACUGUCUACUCAUCACUCAAAUUUUCUUGACUGCAAAACAAACAUAAUGAACACGAGGACCUCUCCGGAGAGGAUCAAAUACCAUAUCAACUGCUUUUUUUGUGGAUUUCUACGAAAUCAUAGAUGCCUUUGGAAAAUGCCUGAUGUUGUCUGACUUGCAGGACCACAUCUUUGACACUUGCUUAAGCUUCUGAAUUAACUUGCAUUUUAAGGGGAGCAAAUACCAAGGAGGUAAUUCUUCUAUGAGUUAACUUUCCUGAUGUUACCACUUAUUUGUGAUGAAAAACAUGCCAGUCUUGAAAAAAUCCAACAAACUUGCUUUUUGCCAUAUCAGUUUUCCUAAUGUAGUUAUGUGUAUUAAAGUGUAGAUAGUUAAAGAAGACUGUAUUGUGUGAAAAACAUUCAAGAAAAAACACAAAUGACACAAAAAAU